GAGAGCAGCGUGUAAUGGGAAACUGGAAGCUGUUGGUGAAAGGCUUACUGAUCAGGGAAAAGCUGAAAGCUCGGUACAAUGUCAAGGAUGACUCAGCUCAGGAUGUGGGGGGAGACAGCACAGUUGCUGGGAAAGCUCGCAGUGAUGCUACCCCAGUCACUGACAUGACCUCUUCGUGGCCUUUGAAUCGGCAGGAGGAGGCAGUGAAGGUGACGGCGAAGGCGAAGAGCAGGAAACAGAAGAAAGGAGACGAGAAGCACCUCUUCCCAUUUGAGAAGCUGUAACAGCGAGUGGGGGCUGCCCAUAGCACAGUUUGAGAGGCAGGAACCUCUUGUCUCACCUGUAGCAACAGAAUGGGGGUUCAACCCCCUACACCUUCAGGGGCCAGGCUGCCCUGGAGACUGCUCGGGGCACCCCGUAGCUAGAGUAUCGCAAAACAAACACACUCUGCCUUAUUGCUUUUAGUCAUAGUUUGCAUGGAUUAGACAGACAACCCUUAAGGAGCUGGGAGCCUGGAGAGAUUGCGGAGGAGAGGGGUGUGGCAGAGGGGAGUAGGCGAUGGGUCUGUGGCAGUGGAGGGUGGGCUUCAAUCCAGUUGGUCAAGUUGCCAGCACAGCUCACACCCCCAGCAAAGUCAUUAACCAGAUGUUAACUGGCUCACCAGGGAACCCCUUAAUCCAGUGCCAAGCUACAAAGCCCAAGAGGACAAAUUGUAUUCCAGUUACAAAAGCAGAAAUUACUGGGAAAACUCAGCAGGUCUCGCAAUGUAUUCCACUGUCUUCCUUUGUGUGGAAAUCCAAAAUGUGACUCGCCAUUAAGGACCAGGUUCUGUUCUUCCUUCUGAAUGUGCAUGGAAAUGGACGAGUGAUGAGGGUGGCUGUUUUCAAAAGGGGCACUGGGAAUUGAAAUGAAGGCUGGGUUAUUGAUGCAGCUGGGAACGCGCCAGUUUGAAUUUUCUACCACUGGACAGCUGGGCUUUGGAGUGGCUGGACUGUGGUCACCUUUCGGAGGGAUAGAGGGGGAGAGUCCAGCUGUCUCUAGCUGAUCUCUGGAUCGUGACAGAAUGGACUGCAAAGAGUAAUCAGUGUGCAACGCCAAGCAGCCCCGUAGGGGGUUCUCCAGCCACUCAUCUGUGCCGAGUGGUACUCACUUGCGCGUGCCCACAUAUGUUUCUGAGUGUGCUUGAUGGAACUGGCUGACAUUAGAAGUUUACAGCUGCUAAAAUUGAAGAGUAAUGUCUGAUAGUGGAGAGGGUGUUAGCAGAGAGCUGAGCGUUAAAAGGAAAAAUAUCAAAAAAAAGAACAAACAAACUAAAUGAGAGCAUCAUUUACUUUCCUGAUUAGCAGAAGACUUUUUAACGUCUCCAUUCAAUCACUAUCCAAUGACUAUGUGUGUAUCUGCUCCCUAAGGCCCAUGAUCCUGCUCAUUGUCGGAGUUCUCAUACCUCUCCACUAACUUAGCUUGUUGACAGUCAGAUUUUUUAAUGUUUUGGCAGUGCACACUGACAGGAUAUUCCACUGCAGUUAGCUUCACAGCUGAACCUUUGAUCCUGUUCUCAGCCCAAAUGUACAAGCAAACCCUUUUCAAAAGGAACCACUUGAUUGUUUGGCAACAGUUCCAACUGUCUGCCCCUGUCUUCCCCCACCAUGUCCUUACCGUCUGCCUGUGGCAGGAGGUAAAGACAACCCAGAUACAGUUACAAUAACCGGGCAAGGAUCUGCAAUGGAACUGAUUCUUGCAUGGAAGUGAUUUUCAAUUCAAAACAAAGAUCUCCCUUCCCAGCUUCCACCUGCAAAAAAAAAACAGGCUCUGAAACUCUGUUUAAGAACUACCAAAUCUAGUUUGCAAUCUGUGUAUAUUCUGUACUAUGACUUUUGUACCUACUUUGUGGAAAAUAAAGUGUUGAUUUGUAAUAAAAUUC